AUGGCCUGCUUUCCUCUUUUUUUCCUCAUUUUCUUGAUCUUGGGUUCUUUCUGCCAGUCCAAAGACCAACUGACACAAGUAAAUCCGCUCUCACCCAGUGACAUGAUUGUCUCCAAAGGUGGGGACUUUGCUCUCGGCUUCUUCUCUCCAAACAACUCCAACAGAAGCUUGUACCUUGGAAUCUGGUACCAUAAUAUCCCCAAGCGCACCGUCGUUUGGGUUGCUAAUCGUGAUAGCCCAGUCACCAAUCCUUCAUCAGCGAAGCUCGCCAUCAUCAGCAGUCCUGAGAUGGUAUUGUCUGAUUCAAAGGGUCACACCCUUUGGACAACGGCAAACACCACCAUCACUGGAGGUGCUGAAGUUAUUGUGGUUCUCCUCAACUCGGGAAACCUUGUGCUCCGGUUGUUGAAUGGCACAGAAGUAUGGCAAAGCUUCGACCACCCAACCGACACCAUGCUUCCAAACAUGAGAUUCGUCCUGAGCUACAAGGGACAGGUGGCCAGGCGCCUCAUUGCAUGGAAGGGCCAUGAUGACCCAUCUACUGGGGACUUCUCAUAUAGCCUUGAUCCUAACACACACCUUCAAGAUGUCAUUUGGCACAACACAGCGCCAUAUUGCCGCACCAACGUGUUCAGCGAUAUGUGGGUGGGAGGCGCGGUACAGAAAAACCAGAGACCUUCCUGGGUCCUAUACCAAACUAGGGUCAGCACAGAGGAUGAGCUCUAUCUCAUAUACUCGGUCUCUAAUGAUGCUCCUUACACACGAUUAUUGAUUGGCAAUACCGGCAAGUUGAGUUUCCAGAGUUGGAACAACAACACGUUGUCAUGGACAGUCAUUGAUGAGGCGCCCACCGGCUGCGACUUCUAUGCCUCAUGUGGCCCGUUCGGCUACUGUGACUUCACGGAGAAGCUCCCAAUGUGUAGGUGCUUCGAUGGAUUUGAGCCUAUUGAUAAUUUCAACUCUUCAAGAGGAUGCCAGAGAAAGGAAGUGCUAAAAUGCCAAGAAGAGAAUCAUUUCGUGACCUUACCUGGGAUGAAGGUUCCCGACAAGUUUUUGCACAUUAGGAAUAGAAGCUUAGACCAGUGCGCAGCUGAGUGCAGCAGAAAUUGCUCAUGUAUCGCGUAUGCCUACGCUGAUAUGAGCGGUGCCGGCACUAUGACUGACAUGUCGCGGUGUUUGGUUUGGUAUGGGGAUCUAGUUGAUAUGAGGAAGGAGACCUCUGGUGAGAAUUUGUACCUCCGGCUUUCCGAUGCCAAUUCUCUAGCUCAAAAUAAGAAGGAUAUAGAAAAGAUUUUACCCCGGUUUAUAGCAUGUUUGCUGCUGCUCUCAGGCACAGCCCUUGUCUGGAGAUGCAAAUACAGAGGAAAACGGCACAAAAAGGAAGCCCAGAAGAGAAUGAUGCUAGAAUACUUGCGGUCUACUGAUGAAACUGGGGACAUGAAUAUAGAAUUCCCAUUUUAUAGCUUCAAAGACAUUGUUGUGGCAACGGAUAAUUUUUCUGAUUCCAAUAUGCUUGGAAAGGGAGGUUUUGGCAAAGUUUACAAGGGAUUGUUGGAUGGUACCAAGGAAGUAGCCAUCAAGAGACUUAGUAAGGGCUCUGGACAAGGCGUUGAAGAGUUCAGAAAUGAAGUGGUCUUGAUUGCAAAACUGCAGCACAAGAACCUCGUUAAGCUUCUUGGCUGUUCUAUUCACGAAGUUGAGAAGUUGUUGGUUUAUGAAUACUUGCCUAACAAAAGCUUAGAUUACUUCAUCUUUGGUAAAUUGAAUUAA